AAAUUAAACAUAAUUCAUAACUAAUGUACGCAAGCACUGUAAUGCGUACGGAACAUACAUCUUGUUAAGGUGAUAGUGUUAAGUUAAACAAUUAACUUUGAUCCCAUUUAUUAUUAAAGUUUAUUGUCUAUUUUUCCCUUCAUAAGUACGAACAACUCAAAAAAAAAGGAGAGGGGGGGGGCUAAAGAUUUUUAAAAAUGAAAAGCUUCAAGUUCAUAUUUAACGUACAAAGAAGUUUUUUGCCUCUUAAAGAAACGUUUUCGUUUAACAAAGACGAAUUUAACUUUGUUUGCGAGUUAAAACCGUAAAAUUUGACUUGAUAUUCUGAUGUUUUUUAAUUGGAAGACUUAACAUUUUUCUUUUUGCGCUUUAAUUUUGGUUGAGAUAUAAAGAAUAAUAAAAUUGUUAUGGAAACUUACUUUAAGUAUUCUCUUUGAGAAGUUGAAGAUACCGUCAUUUGAUUCAUCGAAUCAUGUCUUCCUAAAUUGUAUAACCUAACUUAUGUACUUUAAAAUCCGCAAUAUAGUUUUAGUUGGAAAGCCCCAUGGAUUCAUUAUUCCGUGGUUGGUUAUGAAUGCGCGAAGCAAAAUCUGAGCAAUACUUUAGUUAAACAUGGAAUUAAGGAAUUAAGGUAUCGUUCUUUAGUUCCGAGCUUGACAAAUCGGAAGUCGUCUAAGAUUAUUUUUAGAAUUUAAAUUUCUUACCCAUUUAUUAGACAACUAUGGAGAUAGAAGAAUGUUUUAUAUCCCGGGAACCCAUUCCUCAUCUUAUCUUUCUAGACCUGGACUCACCAAACCUGUUGGAUCACGUAGACUCCUUACCAGAGAACCUACAGAGCAUCCUGCUCCUAACCUUGGCUUCCGGAGCUUCCGGUUCAAAUCAUAUUCCGUCUAUAUCCAUUUACUGUAUUAGGAAAGAUCGUGUUGAAACUGUUCUGCGGAAAACAUCUCUGGUUCCGUCUGCCUGGCCGGCAAUAUCCUCAUCGAUCAACAAUCUGAUAGAUCUGGUGAGACAAUCCAGGUUCUCAGAGAAACCUACGCUCCCGUAUCCAUCAGGACUAGAGGACUGUAUAGAGAUUAUUCUAGGCAUGGCUGAAGAGAGUCCAGGUCUCUAUCAAUCCCAAAUUGUAACAACUAGGAUUGAAGAAAUUAAACAUAGUCUGGAGGUAUCAUCCUUCAGGAAUGUGAAAAUGCGUCCCAUCAAGGUGUUUGCUCCGAUGUAUAAUCCUGGACUUAUCUACGCUGAGGAUGAUGUUCUUAAAAUAGAAUUUUACUCUAGUAGUCAGGAGCUGGAUGGGUUUCUCAGGAGAAGUUUUCUUGAUGAUUCUUGCUCCUCACCAAACAUCUCUCUGGAGAUGUCGAGUAAAGGAGUAAAAGAAAACCUCCUCUUGGAUAUACAUCGUAGGUUUGUGAAUCUGGAGUUUAUUCCAAACCAGGUGUUUAACAGAGUCCUAACCAACACGUUCAAGGGGAUCAGACUGGUCAGACAAACAGGAAUAUGUGAGAGUGCGACCUGUGGAGACCUAUUCCUGGUAACUCCGAGUACCUCGAAGGAGUUAGGUUGGGCGGAGAAGGAAGAGAACAUGAGAAACCUGGCAGUUCUACACAGGGAGCUCACUACAUUCAACAACUGUCUUAUUGUACAGAGUGAAAGGAACUUGUUCCUAAUGAGACCGCUAUCCGGAACCAUGUUUGGAUUCCGUAUGUUGAGCAGCCAGGAUACCCUGCUCCCCAUCCCCAGGAUACAGGAGAGGAUACAGGAUACAGGAGGAUGGAAGGUUCUGAAUAUAAUUCAAGGGAUUCCUCAGGAAGAAGAGUAUAAUCCCCUAGAGUACAAGACCCAGUUGGUUCAACACCUGGAAAACUGGAUUCCGUCCUACCAGACCCAGAGAUCCGGGACCUCCGUUCGAGCAGAUAAACUUGAUGUUAGCAGCUCUGGGUUCAUUGGAGGAGCUCCUUGUAUGGGAGGGUUCGAAGUGAGCAGCUCUGGGUAUACACAUGGGCUUGGAUCAGGAUCUAUUAAGGAAAAAGACAAAGCUCCGGUAUUCAAACCAGGGUUCGGAGGGAGGAGAGGAUCUAAUCCUAGCUCCGUAUCCUGGAUAUCCAGAACACUGGGACAGGAUCGAGGACGAGGAGUUCCCUAUACUAGAUCUAGAGGACUUAGAGGCAGACGAUCUAGGAAACCAAACAUCUUGGGAUAACUUAGUCUCAGGACUUGGUCUUGGUCUUGGAGAAACCACAGAGAUCAAACUCAACCCGGAGUUGUUUAAUAUUAUAUUCAAUCGUAUGUUUAUCCUAGGUUUAAAUUAUUUAACGUUAUUGUGUAAUUUGCACGUAUAUAAAGCAGAAAGGGUAAAAAUAAAUUAUAUGUAUAGUUUAA